AUGUUUAAUUUAGUGACAAGGGUCCAGGCUGCUGCCAAUCAGGCAUUAACUUCGGCUAGUAUUAUAGCUGGAAUUGUUAUUCUAGCCACCUUUUUCCAAUUGUAUCAGAAUGAUGUAUGGAAUUUAUCGACAACUUCAAUCACCAACAUCGAGCCCAAAUCCAGCAUUAAGUACUCCUUCCAAUAUGGCUCGGUGAAUCGAAAACCGAAAGAAAAUGCUAAAAUAACAUUUGAUUUAAAAACAGACCUCAGUGAUUUAUUCAAUUGGAAUACUAAACAAGUUUUUGUCUACUUGACUGCUGAGUACCCGGGAAAAUCUGAUGGUAGUUUAAACAAAGUGACUUUCUGGGACAAAAUCAUUAAAUCUAAAGAUGAUGCUGUGUUGGAUUUAAAAGGCCAAAGAAGUAAAUAUUCAGUUUGGGAUGUUGAGAAGGGGUUUAGAGAAAGAAAUGCCACUGUGAGAUUGGAGUGGAAUAUCCAGCCACAUAUUGGGCCAUUAGUUUUCGGAGAAACGGGCGAUGUAGCCUCUUUUAAUUUCCCUUUACCGCCAAGCAAAUAG